AUGCCGCAUGGUAGUGGGGUGGCGUUGCGCCUGGUUAUCGCAACACGCCAGCAUCUCUGUCUCUCCAGAAGGUUUGGGCUGGUGCAGGAGGUGUUCUUUGACGUGAAGAUUGGAGACAAAGAUGUUGGCAGAAUUGUAAUUGGAUUGUUUGGAAAAGUGGUCCCGAAGACUGUGGAGAACUUCAUUGCGUUGGCAACUGGAGAAAGAGGAUAUGGAUACAAAGGAAGUAAAUUUCAUCGUGUGAUCAAAGACUUCAUGAUUCAAGGAGGAGACUUUACAGCUGGAGAUGGAUCAGGAGGAAGAAGUAUCUAUGGACAAAGGUUUCCAGAUGAGAACUUCAAGCUCAAACACUAUGGAAUUGGAUGGGUUAGCAUGGCUAAUUCUGGCCCAGACACCAACGGAUCCCAGUUCUUCAUCAGUGUGACAAAGCCUUCUUGGUUAGAUGGAAAACAUGUAGUAUUUGGCAAAGUCCUUGAUGGAAUGUCUGUGGUGCACUCGAUAGAACUCCAGCAGACAGAUGAACAUGACCGGCCCCUUCAAGACUGCGUGAUUGUGAACAGUGGCAAAAUAGCUGUAAAAGAACCAUUUGUAGUUGAAGUAGGUGACUGGUGAGACUGACGGUCAGAAUGCAAAGUAAAACUUGAUCACUUUUCUUUAAGGCCUGUUUUUGACUGAUCUUAACUGUCCAUUGAGUUUUCCUCUCAAAACAUAUGAGGCUAUAUUUAGACAAUCACUUGCCAAAUACAUAAAAGAUAUGACCAUUUCCAUAAAACUUGAUGGAGCUGUCGCUCCUUGAAAUUCAAGACAUAGCCCACUAAAUCCUAGAUCUUGCAGAAAAAAAUCUUUCAUUAAAACUUUCAGAAGUACUUCUA